UUAAUCAGUUGGCAUGUAAAAAAAUUGAGAGUAUUUCUUUGUUACUAAAUAUCUGUGUGAAUUUCUUGAUCAGUAUGUUCAAAGUAACUUCAACUUAAAGAUACACGGGCGCUAGCAGUGGACAAAGUGGGAAGUAAUCGACAUGAACCUUGGUGUGUUUGGUUGCAGUACGCACCCAACUCGGACGAAAGAAAGAUGUCUACCGUGAGUCUUGAAGCGAACCUUGGAUAAAUCAGGCGUACUGGCUUUAUGGAAGAUCAAUGUCAGCAGCAAUCUCAGCAGCGUGGCUCCUGGAUUAUUCUUCUCACGAAGGGAAUUUCACGUAUGCCAACACAAUUUGUAGUACUGUUGCCAGUUUGCUGGCGUCUUGUCAACGUAUCGCAAAAGGCUCCGAAACAUUCCUGAACAAUCUGUUGCAACAAUCUUCUCCAGCCUACAAAGGGCAAGAUAAAACGGACCUUCCGGCACCAAGUAGGCAGGAGCAUACCAGGCGGCUCAGGAAGUUCGACGCCGCAAGCACUAUGGAGAGUAGGUCAGCAACUGCUCAGAGAGCUACAGGAACCCGGACGACCGCGCCCCAGGCAGAGGGCGUGCUGGUGCGAGCCUGCGCGCCGGCGAGAAGUCCAGCUGCCGUGCCCUAGACGCAUUAGAAGGCUGUCUGAGUAACUUAGGAAGUUUAUAUGUUUUUUGGGGAAAGGGCUCGUGGAUGGUCACAUUUUGGUGAAUAAACUGUUGAGCUAAAACCCUGUACUGAUUAUUCAAUAGACGUGAGAAUAUAAAUAACUGCAUUGAUUUUGUAAAGUUCUAUCUACUUCGACUUUGAAUUUAAAUCAACCAAGUUAAUCUCACUAAUUACUACUCUAACAAAUCUCAGCUAAUUGUGGCGUCUUUACAAUAUUGUUUUGAAAGAAAAUUAUUCAGUGAGAAUAAGACUGCCUUUCUUGAUUGAUUUUUAGAAUUAGUUUGAAGGCUCUUUAUUUUUUUAGGCAACAUUUAUUAAUACUUUUUUACUUAAAAUCAUACAGUUUUUUGACCAACGUUUCAAAGGUCAAUGCCCUUCAUCAGUAGGGUAUAUUAAAUAUAAGUGAAUACAAUAUUAAUUAAACAAUUCUAAGUUAUAAAUGACAAAGUGUUCAAAUGUUUAAAUUAUCAUCCAAAUAUUUAUUUACAGCAGAAUUACAACCAAAAGGUAAAAUUAACUGCCUGGAUGUUACAUUGAUAAGAUCUGGUAAAAAUAUACUUACUAAAUGGUACACUAAACCUUCAAUAGCAGAAACUAUUUCGAAUUUUCUAUUGAUUAAACGUGCUAUAGAGACCAACGUAAUUGACAGAAUAAUAAAAAUUACGUGGACUGUCUUUGUUGAUAAUGUAAUAGAAAAAUAUUUCUGUUAUUACUAAGGAAUAUUUUUCCAUUGAAGUUUAAUGCACGAUUAAUUUGCACAAAAUUAAAAAAUGGCACAUCCCAGAUCUAUUAUUAAUAAUUUGGAACAUUGUCAAUUUAUUAGUUUACCGUUUAUUCCAUCGAUUAAUUUUCAACUGAAGCAAAACUAUUAAAUCAAUAUAAUAUCAGAAUAAGUAACCCCACAUUUAAUAAAAAUAUGUAUAAAACAUACGAAUGAUCCUGUCUCUAAAUUGGAACUGAAAGUAUAUUUAUUACAAUAUCAACAAUAUAAUUUCUGUUACGUAGGGCACACAUCAAUAAACCUGAAAGAAAGGAUAAGAGAGCAUAAGAAUAAUAUAAACAAAUAGAAGAAAGAUAAAACUUCUUAACAAAACAGAUAUGACAGUGAUCAUCAAUUUGAUUUUCUUAAUCCCAUUAUAUUAAAUAAAGAACUUAAAUACCACUCCAGGAUUACUAAAGAAACUAUUAAUAUAAAAUUACAGCAACAAACAGUAAUUACUAUGACAGUACCAAAUUCUUUCACAAAACUUUAUGACCCAAUUAUUAAUAUAUUUAAGAAAUAAUGCGUGCUACAAACAUUUUUUUCUUCAACUUCACCAGCUUCACCUUUUUAAAGAAUCACUUUCACUUAUUAUUCAUAUAAGAAUAAUUUAUAAAUAAUAGGAGGCUGUGAAUAUUAUAUGAAAACACGACUUGAUAUUUCACUCUCAUUAAAAAUUACGUAUAUUUUAUUCAGGUGAAUUAUAAAUUUAAAUUAUUAAUUGACGCAAUUUUUCUCAAAGGUCGUAUUUAAUGAAAUAACAAUUAUAAUUUAGUUACAACCUUUAAAUUAAAAUAAUAUCAUAAAAUAAUUAACACAAACAAAACAUUGAAAAUGGUAUAUAGUAGAUUUAUUUAAACACUUUGUCAUUUAUAAGUUGUAGAAUUGCUUCAUUAAUAUUGUAUUCACUUAUAUUUAUUAGACCCUGAAGGUGAAGGCCAAUGACCUUCGAAAUGUUGGUGUAAACUUUGUAUUUGAGUAAAUUUAUUAAUGAAUGUCUGCCUAGAAAAAUUGAAGGACCUUCAAAACAAUUCUUUAGAGCAUACCGAGUCGAAACAUUUGCUUCCCCUCUCGCUCUUUUAUUGAUCACUUUUCCUAAUUACAUUUCAAUGAUUUCUAACAGCUAAUAAAUAAGCGUAUUUCGUCUACAAAUGUUUCUUAGAUGUUUCAACGUGCCACUUAUGUGUUUAUGUAAUCAUUAUUCAGACUACAUUUCCAUUGGUGAUUACUGUUUCUUAACAAAAAGCAUAUUGUUUUCAAUAAUUGCGAUACACAUCGUUUCCACAUUCAAAAGUACAUUUCUUUUAUCAUUUCAUAAAUAAAUACCACAGUUUAUAACAUCUUUGUUUUUCUCCUUUUA